GCAGGAACAGGAGGUCAUGCAGGUAUGUGACUUGUUUCUGGCGGUACAUUGUGUGUUGGUAGUAUGCAUGACUCGACAUCUGGCAGCAGAUGGCCAUAUUGCCGAGCAAGUGGAAAUGGAGCCAGUUUGGGAGAGUAUGAGAGUGGAGAAAGUGAGAGAUAAACGGCCAGCACACCUCGACAACACUUGCUUCGUGCAAAGCAGCUGCUUUUUGAUUGCAUGUCUUGCAGCAUUGACAAGACUUUAGCUUGCUUCAUACAGGCAACCAGGACUGCGGAUGGAUACGUUGAUCAGUACGGCCAUUACCAGGACCUGGGCUGGAGUUCGCGAAGCAACCUUGAUGCCUGGCGGAGUGCGGGAUUCCACGAACCAUCACCAGACUUCCCGACUGAGCUCCUGGACGAUGCUCCAAGAUAUGGACGCUUGCUGAACAACCCGGGCAACUACAUGGCUGAUGACCAUGUCGACACUACCUACGAGGGACUAUGGGCCCUGAGCGAGCGCAUUGGAUCUGCCAAAUCCAAGUCUACCCCACUCUACAUGAUUGAUCGUCUUCCGGUGGUGAAAUAUCAAGUGGGAAUGCUCAUGGGAGACGACUCGAGGUGCACAAUCUGUUUGACCGAGUUUGAAGUCGGUGAAAUGCUCAAGCGUCUGCCCUGCACGCAUGCGUAUCACGGCGAGUGCAUCAACCGAUGGCUUCGGAUGCACGAGCAGUGUCCUAUAUGCCGCAUCUCGGUCACAGAUACGCUUGAUCCGCAGAAGCCAGAGCCUUUGAUGCCUCAGUAGUGAGCAGCAUAUGUGUCGCUGUGUGUCGCUGUGUUGGUUGAAUGACUCUGGGGACCGCACCACAGCACAUAUAUACAUAUGCCCGCGUGGAUAAUCGCGAUCUGCUCCAAGAGCGCAUGCCCCUGGCUUCCAGCCAACCCACCAGUCUGGCAGUAACAGUGAUCAUGGCAGCUUUUUACCAGCCCAAGCGCAUGAGGAGAAAAAGAGA